GAUUCAAACAAGGUUACAUCGCUAGUGCUCUUACUGAAUUUAUGUAUAUUGUUAUAGUGGGUCUAAAACAUGGCUCCUAUUGUACAACUAGCGGAGGGAAAAAUUUCUGGGGGCACUAGAACAGACCUUAAUGGAGAAAAGUUUCAUUCGUUUUUAUGUAUUCCAUACGGAAAAGCGCCCAUAGGCGAGUUAAGAUUUAAGGCACCUUUGCCAGUUGAACCAUGGGAAGGAGUGAAAGAAGUUAUUACAGAAGAUAAAAUUGCAUUCCAAAAGAACAUUCUUUUGAACACAUACAUUGGACAAGAAGAUUGUUUGUCUCUUCAUGUAUUUACAAGGAAACUUCCCAGUGAAGAAACCAAAUUGAAACCUGUGAUGGUCUUUAUUCACGGAGGAGGUUUUGUACAGGGAUCUCACGAAACUACGACAUAUGGUCCAGAACAUCUUAUGACUGAAGACAUAGUUCUCGUCACUAUCACUUACCGACUCGGUCUAUUAGGUUUUCUUAGUUUAAAAGACGAAUCACUGGACGUUCCUGGUAAUGCAGGUCUAAAAGACCAAGUACUGGCUUUAAAGUGGAUCCAAAGAAAUAUCAAAAAUUUUAAUGGAGAUAGCAAUAAUGUUACCAUAUUCGGAGAAAGCGCAGGAGGAGCUUCUGUUGAAUAUUUACUACUAUCUCCUUCGACGAAAGGUUUGUUCCAUAAAGCCAUAGUUCAGAGUGGGUCGACGUUGAAUCCAUGGGCUCUAACAAACUUCCCACUCACUGAGUUUGCCAAGUUUCAUGGAAAAGCAAGUAUGACUGAGAAGGAACUUUUGAAAAGUUUAAGAGAUGCACCUGUUCAAGAGGUUUACGACCAACAAUUAAAUUUUGUUAAGUCAAAGAAGUUACUUGCAGACCUCGGUUUAAUAUCUCCAGUCAUAGAAAAACCAAACCCAACAGCAUUUUUAACAGAAAAACCCAUUGACAUAAUCCACUCGGGAAAGUACAACGAUGUGCCUGUUAUAAUUGGUUACAACAACAGUGAAGGUCUUUUCGCGGACAUAAUGGCGAAACUUAAAAUGAUUGAUGAGCAGUUAGUAGCAAAUAUACCCCUCGUGCAGAUGCUACCGUACGAUACGAACUUUACAGAAACCCAGCAAGUAAAGCGAUUAGUUGACAAGUUAAGUAAUUUUUAUCAUCCAGAAGCUGACCCUGUUGGACGAAUUAAUCUCAUAACGGAUGCUGUUUUUGCUGCUGGAAUACAAAUUUCUGCAAAAAACCAAGCAAAAGUGUCAAAAAAUCCUGUGUAUUUUUAUAGAUUUACUUUAAAUGGAGGCCUUAACUUGAUGAAGAAAAUGAUUAACGAUCAACGUCCAGGAGCAUGUCACGCAGAUGAGAUGGGAUAUCUAUUUAAAACUGCAUUGGCGACAGAUCUUAAGGACGAAGAUAAAACUUCGAUAAAACAAUUGGUGACACUGUGGACUAACUUUGCCAAAUUCUGUAACCCAACUCCAUCAGAAAAUAAUCUGAAUAUUGAGUGGAAGCCAAUACAGAAUGGUCAGUUCAAUUUCUUAGAUAUUGGAAAACAACUAAAGAUGGAUGUUAAUCCAGAUCUGGACAGGAUGAACAUUUGGGACGAUAUUUAUCAGUGUAUAAGUAAUAAAUAAUAAAUUUUAUUUAAAACAUGUUCAGAAACGUAAUUUUAAGAGUUUAUUGGGAAUAUUCAACGUUUAUUGGGAAUAAUAAUUUAAUGACAAUUUUAUUUGGCAUUUAUUUAUUGGAUUUAUUGGCAUAUUGACAACGUUGUUGGCUUUAUUGGACUUCUACUGGACAGUUUAAUCAGAAAACAGGAUCACAUGUAACUGCAGCUCUCCAGAACUACAACAUUCAAUUGGAGGACCUAGCAGCUAGAGCACACAAGUAGCCCAUCAAACGAAG